GUGGAAUGAAGUGAACCUGCAGUACACUAAAAGCCGAGCAGGCGGCGCUGUGGCGUCAGCACUGCCUCCUGUCAGCCAUGAACCACUCAGUGGACAGGAGUCACUAGUGUUUGUUUGGACAAGGAAUGUAAAUGUCUGAGGACAAGGAAGCCCAGGAUGAUGAGCUACUUGCUUUAGCAAGUAUCUACGAUGAAGAGGAGUUCCACCAGUCGGAGUCGGCAAAGGGGGGAGAGAUCCAACUCUGUCUGGAGCUCCCUCCUGAUUUCAAAGUUGUUGUCAAAGGAGAGAAGAAUACUGAAUAUAAUGUCUGCUUCUUACCUCCUUUGGUGCUCAACUUUGAGCUUCCUGCAGACUAUCCAUCAACAUCUUCACCAGUCUUUACCCUCAGCUCUAAAUGGAUGACCAGAGUACAGAUGAGCUCUCUGUGCAGACGCCUGGAUGAGUUGUGGGAAGAAAACCAAGGCUGUGUUAUUCUUUUUACGUGGAUCCAGUUCCUUAAAGAGGAGGCUCUGGACUUUCUGAGCAUGCAGUCUCCUCUUGAAGUCAUCAGGGGAGGAAGUAAGGCAGGUGGUGAGCGCAGGAAAACUGAGCCAGCAGCCACAGCUCUGACACAAUGUGGGAGUCAUUCUGAAAACGCUGAGGAGAAGAAAACAGAGUUUAAGAAGGAAAAAUGUGAUCCACAAUCAAUGCCAUUAUCUUCUGAACUGGACCUGCGUGCCGUUUUGUUGUUGGACCCGCGCGCUGACCUCCUACCUCAGCUCCUGGACUUUGAUGAGGAGCAACGCCAAAGGGUGUUUGACAGCAAGGUGUUCGGCUGUGGCAUCUGCUUCUUGGAGAAGCUGGGCUCCAAUUGCCUCUGCUUUAAUGAAUGCCAGCAUGUCUACUGCAAGGCCUGCAUGACUGAAUACUUCCAGAUCCAAAUACGGGAUGGCAAUGUUCAGUGCCUUAAUUGCCCUGAGCCCAAAUGUACCUCAGUAGCUACACCAUCGCAGGUGAAGCAGCUGGUGGAUGAGGAACUGUUUGCCCGUUAUGACCGUUUGUUGCUCCAGUCCAGCCUGGACCUCAUGGCUGACGUGGUCUACUGUCCCCGCCAGUCCUGCGGCACUGCUGUUAUGGUGGAGCCAGACACAACCAUGGGCAUUUGUUCGGCCUGCCAGUAUGCUUUUUGCACACUGUGCAAGCUGGGCUAUCAUGGUCUUUCCCACUGUAAAGUUACUGCAGAUGAAUUGCGUAACCUCAAAGACGAGUACCUGUCAGCCACACCUGCAGGACAAAAGUUCAUGGAGCAACGCUUUGGGAAGAGGAUGAUCCAGAAAGCAGUGGAAGAGUCCUUUAGCAGAGACUGGCUCAAUCAGAACUGCAAAUGCUGCCCACGCUGUGGAACUAAUAUACAGAAAGUGGACGGCUGUAAUAAGAUGACCUGUACCUCGUGUAAACAAUACUUCUGUUGGCUGUGCCUGGGACACCUCAGCAAAGUCAACCCGUACAGUCACUUUAACAACCCACAGUCACCCUGCUACAACCAACUGUUCCAAGGUGUGGAUCUUUUUGACGAUGAAGAGGCCUUCUGGAGUGACGAGGAUGAGGAGGAGGACUGAAACCUGUGCAGUGCCUCACCGCUGUAUGCUCCAUUUGAAUGCACUUUAUCUCACAUAACCAUCACUUCACCUGUGACACUUACUAUGCCUGCAAUAGCACAACCGUGCCACUACAACCAUGUACCAUGGUACCAUUGUUUAUGUUCUGAAUGUUAUCGGUCUUCUUGGGUAUAAAACGUUCAAUGUCUGGGUUUAAACUCUCCAUAUUAACUGAACCCCAGUUCCAGAAAGGUUGGGAUGUUGUCUUAAAUUAACAUUUAUACAAAUUUUUAUUUAACCUCUUAAAACCCACCUGCCUGCUAGAGGGGAAGGGUAGGGGUUAGGGUUUAACUAAUGAAGUGUAGGUUGUGUUUUAGCGACAUGCCAAACAAGCAAAUCUACAAGAUGUAACCUUUCAAAAUAAGACUCACAUGUAUUUUGGCUUUAAGAUCUGUUAUAAGCUUUGACUCAAAAGUUUUUGUGCCCGAUCUUAGCCCUUCCCUUAUCCCUAAACCUACCAAGGUAGCUGGGUUUUAAGAGGUUAAUGUUCAUACUGAUGAACUUUUGUGUUUGUAGAGUAUCCACUCUAUUCUCUUUUUAAAUUUAGGCUUUUCAGUGUCCCAACUUUUUUGAAAUCAGGAUUGUAUGUGACCGAUGCCAUGUAUAUAAAGUGUCUGUUCAGGAAUGGCAAGAGCAAACAAAGUUUUAGUUUUCAUCUCUGAGAUAAAUUGAGAGAGAAACAGCUGUGGACAUUUUGGCUAUGAACAUCAAAAAUGUGGCAAGUAAAGUGAUAGUGAAUCAUUUACAUAUGACGAUGUCAUAGGACUGUACUUUUAUUGCAAAAAAAAAGACCAAUGUUAAUAUUGGAUAAAUUUCCCCCUUUUCUCUCUCUCUGUCGCUUGCUCCCUAAUUGGUUUUUGUCAUGAGUCUUGACAUCUCAGAGGCCUAUACAGUUCAGCAGGUGAUACUGGAAUCUCUGACUGGUAAAUUUAAGGUGCUCCCAAUUACAUAUAAAUCUGAUGUUACAGAGAAAAUAAGUACUGCAUUUGCCAUUCAUGUUCAUAUCUUGCUUCUUAUAGCCAGUAAAUAGCCUCUGUCUGGCUUUCUGUUGCAUGUCAGAACUAUGACACAGCUACCUUCAAACAAAACUUCAAGGUGGAUAAUUAAGUGAAUUUCAUGAUUUAGUAAGACCUUCACACAUCCUUGAUACGGGUUUAAAGCGAUGACGGCAAACCUGGAGAUGCGUCACCCAGACAUAAUUACAUAUGUUGUUUGUUUCAGCUUCAGGCUGUUUUGGUUGAGUACCAGAAUGGAAAUCCCUUAUAUCUCCCUCAGACAGGGUACAGAGUAUACUCUGUAUGUUAACAAUUAAGAUAAAAAUAUUUUGUCAGGUUAUGAUUUAUUUUCUCUAGUUGGUUAAAAAGAGGAAUUAAUUGUGGGAAAUGUUUUCAUGAUUAUUUCAAUCGUGUGUAUUUUCCCCAACAGAAUGUAAUAAUGGAGGACACUGCAUUAAAUGUUCAUGACCGCUGGUCCUUUAAUGGGGUUACUGGGAUUGUGAUUACGGUGUGAGUUGAGUCAUUCGGGGAUCGAGGUGUAAGGAAUGAAAUCCUCUCUUGGAAUGAUAUUAAACUAGACAUAUUCACACCCUCCUUUGUACAAUGGUUAAUGUAAUGUUGCCAAAGUUUAGUGUCAAAGAGAGGCCAUUUAAUCUUGAUAAUGUCUUGAGAUAGAAAAAUAUUUUGGAUAAUUAUUUAUUUUUGUUUUUUUUUAGCAUUUGAUGAUCUGAAAGGGGACUAUCUCAUGGAGGCAGUUUUUUUUAAAAUUGAACUCCAUUAAAUAUGAUUUGCUUCAGAAGUGAAGACCGCUUUAAGAAUUGAUGCUGGUUUGGACUGGUUAAAAAAAGACAAUCUCUUGUUCAGUCUUGGCACACACAAGGAUUUCUCUUCAGUGCAGACCCACUGUCACUUCAUGUCUCAGCUUUUGACAUAAUGUUCCUCAAAAUAAAUGUUACUAAUUCACA